UUUUUAUGCAAGUAAUUGUGUUACUGUUAAGUGUUAGUAAUUAGUAAAUAAGUUUAUAUACUCACUCUGAAGUAUCAUCUUCUUAAUUGUUUUAUUCUUAUGUUUAUUAUAGGCCCAGUCUAGUGUAUCUCACAGUACCCAUUAAAAAAUAGAAACCUAUUUUAUAACGAAAGUGCAAAUAAAUGGAUUCCAAAGAUGAGUCGAUGUGAUUUCAAAAUAGUAUUACUAGGCAGCGAACACGUAGGAAAAACAAGUUUAGUUCUAAGAUUUGUAAAUUGUAGGUUUAGCGACGCAACACCGUACCAAAACACAAUUGGAGCAGCAUUCUGUGCCAAAACUCUGUGUGCUAAUGGAAAAAAUUUCAACAUUGGAAUCUGGGAUACUGCGGGUAGUGAACGUUAUGAAGCUAUGACCCGUAUGUACUACAGAGGAGCACACGCAGCAAUUAUAUGCUAUGAACCAUCCUCGCUGGAAUCCUGGAAACGGCUGAGGCAUUGGCUUCAGGAGUUAAGAAUUGUAGAAGAGGAUUGUAAGGUGUACCUGUGUGGCACCAAAAAGGAUCUCUUGGACAGUGAGGCCUUGGAGCGCGAAGUUGAUGAAGAUGUGGUGGCCACUUACUCACAAGGUCUGUUCGGCCAUUUCCUGACUUCCAGCAAGACGGGCGAGAACGUGGACGAGCUCUUUCAGAAGAUAGUCGAAGACUGCGCGGCGGAUGUUCAGAUGAUGAAGAAUGUAGAAGAGAAUAGAGUGCAACUGCAGAUGGAGAGUGAGAAGGAAAAGGAAAAGUAUUGUUACUGCUGAUGAAUGGAUGAAUUAUUUAUUUUAUAUAUUCUAUUUUGUUUAAUUUUCGCGAGUGUUACACAUUUAAAGGGUUAAAACUUUAAAAUUUUGCCAAUAACCAUCUCCGAAGCAACAAACAGCGCUAAACUUCAUAAUGACAACUAUGACAAAUUUGUAUUUCGCCUCCUGUCCACCACAGUCCCCUGAUAACUCUUCAAAUGUCCAAAACAUUGGGUUUAAUAAAAUAAUAAUAUAAACUUAGAUUAAGGAUUGGUCUCCGCUGCGCUCCAACUAGAUACCGCAGGCGUAGUCGCAAAGUGCGGCAACUAAUACCAACCCAAAUGGGCGUACUCGAGCCAGUCCCGAACAAUGUGUGACGUUGACGUGCCACAUGUUCUGUUAAACUUUGCUAAUAAUUGAAACUAAAAUGCCGGGUAAUGUGUAAACAUUACUGUGUUUCGAUCUGAAGGGCGCCGUAGCUAGUGAAAUUAAUGGGCAAAUGCGCAUUUGUAGUGCCGCUCAGAAUUUUUGGGUUUUUCAGGAAUCCUGAGCGGCACUGCAUUGUAAUGGGCACGGCGUAUCAGUUACCAUCCAAUGAAAGUCCUGCUCGUCUCGUCCCUUAUUUUCAUAAAAAAAAACACGAAGCGUAUGUUACAAAAUUUGAAAGAUGUCAUUGAGUGUCAAGAUGCCACGCACACUAGCAUCUAAUAGUUGCCGUAAUAAAACACUGUUGUUCUUAUGUAGUGUGGUAUCUAGUUGGAGCGCAGCGGAGACCAAUCCUUAAUCUAAGAUUGGAAUACUUUGAAACCAUAUCUCUCUGAGUUUGGUUCUGUGAUUUAGGAUUGUUAUGAUUUUUUAUACGCGUUCUACUAGCAUCGACUGGAUGUAUCUGUUUAUGGAUAAGUAACCAAAGAAUAUGUAAUAGUGUAGGAGUUUUGAACAAGACUUUAUUCCACUUGAAGAUGUCCAAAGUACUUUAUAAUUUAUUAUAUUCGUUUCUUGUUGGUGGUAAAAUCUUUGACAUUCUUAAGUGUCAUUUUGACCUAAUUGAAUAAAUGAUUUUUCUUUUAUUUAAUUAAAUUAUUUAUUUAAUGAAAUAUAUUAUUUUCAAAACUUUAUCCUUGUAUCUUUUAAAGAUUAACAGGAUAAUGCAAAAUAUCCUUACACAGACAAUAUAUAAUCACAACAUUGAAUUUUAACUACAAUAAUUAUAAAUUGAAUAAAAAAAAAAACUAAAAAACCGCUUUUAUAAACAGAAAAUCAUUUUAAAUAUGUUUAAUUUGAAAGAUAUAUUAUAAGUUAGGCGUGUUUUUUAGUUUUUAUUUUAGCAUUAAUCUUUUUUCAACUUUCCCAGUGCCUAUUAAGUAUAAUAUUUUACAGGGCGUCCCAAAGUUAUGGGACAUGAAGGGAAAGUACCUUAAAUAACGUAGAUAGGGUAUUUUACUGAAAGAAGACUUUAUGUUAUUUUUAAAAGUUAGUAAUUCUGCAUUCAAAGAUUUUCUAAAAAUAAAUGCCUCAAAUAAUCAAUUAUCUAUGGAAUGAUAAUAUCGCAUACUUUUCGAACUUCGUUGUCGGCAGUAAAUAAAUUUCUUGAAAUUUCACUCUAACAUUUUACGUUGUUCCUUUCUUAUAAAAUACUAUGUUACUUAAGAAGAGUUAUUAGUUUUUGGCCAUUCUUUCGAUUGGCAUCAUAACAGUAAGGAUGUUUUUAUUUUUUACAUUUAAGUCGGUUCGAUUCCCAGACGAAGCAAGUAAUUUUUAAAAAAUCUUUGAAUGCAGAAUUACUAACUUUUAAAAAUAACAUAAAGUCUUCUUUCAGUUAAAUACCCUAUCUACGAUAUUUAAGGUACUUUCCCUUCAUGUCCCAUAACUUUGGGACAUCCCGUAUACUUUUUGCUUUUGUAUUUAAACUAAUUCCAGUGAUAGUUAUUGCUAAGUAAGCUUUGUAUUUAAUGUGAUAUACGAACAAAAUAUUAAAUAAAUAUUUGCAAAUUGUAA